AGAGGUAUAUAUAAUCACCCACAGCCACAGUAGAUGCUUCUCUGGUGCAGGCUGCAGAGAACAUUGCAAUGAUGAAGACUUUGUUCAUUGCCUUGUUGGUGGCAAUUGUGUCCAUAGAAAAAGUGCACUCCCUAUGGUGCUACAGAUGUGAAAACGAACCUUCCAACUGGAACUGCAUGAAAUUGGUUAAGUGUGCAGAAUCAGACAACUACUGUAGCACAACAGUCACCACGGCAGGAAACGGUAAGAACAGUGUCUACAAGAUCAGCAAGAAAUGUGCUCCAACCUGUACUGAGAACUUAGUGGACACAGGCGAAAAUUCCAUUUCUACGGAUUGUUGCGAACACAGCAUGUGCAAUUUUAGUGGGGCCACCAGUGUGAAAACCAGCGGUGUGGUGAUGGCUGUGGGGAUUCUGGCCAGUUUCUUCUAUAUCUUCCGAUCUGGAUUGUGAAGCUCAGAUUUCCCAUUUAGAUGACUUGCAGACCUUCCCCACCCCCCACCCC